AUGUCCACCCCAUCACAGUCAACCCUCCCAUACGCUGGCGCCUGCCACUGUGGCUUCAUCCAAUAUGUCGCGAUAAUCCCCCUGCCAGCAGCCAAGGCGCUUGACCCCGGCCAAUCGACGCCGUCGGGCGCGCGCUUCUACAAAUGCAACUGCACCACCUGCCAUAAAAUGGGCUACUUUCAUAUGCGCCUCCCGGACGCAGCGAAUCAGUUUUUCGUCUUGGCUCCAACGGAUCUCGAGUCAAUGGGUGACUAUCGCUGUGGGAGUGGACAGGUGCAGUGGUUCUUUUGCCCUAAGUGCGGGGUGCGGUGCUUUGCGGCUGCGGGGCCGUGGAGGAAGGAUGAGAUCGACAGGGAGCUGGUGGGUAAGGCCAUUUUGCCGGAGAGAUUUGAAGGGGGAGAUAGGCUGUGCGUGUGGAGGAUGGAUCCGGCCUUGUACCAGGAGCAUAAGACGGGGUAUGUGAGUGUCAAUGCGCUCACCAUCGACCAGGACCAGGUGCAUGGGCAGUGUUUGGAUCUAAGGCAGUUGGUCGAUCAGAAAGUGGUUGAGUAUAUGGAUUGCAAGGAGAGGACGGGGGAGAAGAGGUAUACCUAUCCUCAUGGGGGCGGAACGUGGUGA